GUGGCCUGCCUGGUGGCCCCGCUCCGAGCGUGGGCUGGCCUGGGCCAGAGGGCCUCGGGCAGGCCGAGGGUUCCGCUGCGUGCCCUCGGCACGGAGAAGGCCGACCUGCAGCUGGAGAGGCUGGGGGUGUCGCCGAAAGACCUCCGCGAGGAGUUCACGACGUCACAGGGUCCUGGUGGCCAGAACGUGAACAAGGUCGCGACUGCGGUGCGGCUCGUGCACGAGCCCACUGGCCUGGCGGUCCUAGCACAGUCGCACCGCUCCCAGCUGGAGAACCGGGUCUCCGCCAGACGGAGGCUGGCGGAACUCUACCAGAAGGAGUUCCUCGGGGUGGCGACCAAGUCCGACCGCCAGGCCGAGAAGAAUCGGAGGCGGAAGGCCGACGCCGCCCGCAAGAG